CAUGAAGUACUUCGGUCGUACCAAGCGCCCCUCAAUUUAUCCUUAUCGAUAAAGAAGCAUCUCUCCCAAAAAGUUUCAACUCUGCAUCUUGCUUGUGCCUGGGAACUUUUCUCAAGCAUCAAACAAUUUCGCUUCGGAGGAUAAUGCGAAUUUACCAUCGCAUUUCAAUAUGGUUGCCGAAACUGAGGUGCGCGACGCACCAACAGGUAGCCCUGAGGGCAAUGGACCUCAAGCUACCUCCAGUCUACCUGCAAACUCAGAAUCGCAGGCCGAUUCAAACACUGCAAAGUCAAACCGUCGCGAUGACCGAAAUUGGCACGCCAACAAAAAGCUCAACUCCAACGGCCGACGUCGAGGCCAUGACUCCCACGGAAGGGGCAAUGGGCGCGGCGGGGACAGUCCCCAGUCGUGGACCUAAAGAUAAGCGCGAGCGCAACGAGAAAGGCUGGCAAGAAAGGAAGCGUAGGAGAGUCGAAGAGAAUGGCAAUGGUGUAGCAAACACCGAGCAGAGCUACAUGAAUAUUCAGUUCCCCGAAGAGGAAAUCGCAGCCGAAGAGCGCAGGCCGAAGCGCAAAGUCGCCGUUAUGAUUGGAUAUGCUGGUACCGGGUACCAUGGUUUGCAGAUCAAUCAUAAGGAAAAGACGAUCGAGGGAGAUAUAUUCGCGGCGCUGGUUGCCGCUAAAGCCAUCUCAAAAGCCAAUGCCGACGACCCCAGGAAAUCCAGCUUUGUGCGAUGCGCGAGGACCGAUAAAGGUGUACACGCCGCCGGUAAUAUGAUUUCUCUCAAGUUGAUCAUUGAGGACCCGGACGUUGUGAAGAACAUCAACGAUAAUCUGCCGCCCCAAAUCCGCGUUUGGGGUAUCCAACGCACAAACAAUGCCUUCAGUUGUUACCAAUCAUGCGACUCCAGAUGGUACGAGUACUUGAUGCCGAGCUAUUGCUUGUUACCUCCUCAUCCUGAGAGCUACCUCGGCAAGAAGGUUCUCGAAUCCAUCAAGGAAAAGGGCCUCGAGGAAGAAUAUGCGCAGCGUCUAGGCGAAGUCAAGGAUUACUGGGAAGAAGUAUACAAGAACGACAUCCAACCUAUUUUGGAUAGCUUGGAUCCUAAGAUCCGGGAAACCGUCAUACGGCGCAUGCACACAUCCGAUGAAGCAUCAGGCGGUAAAAACUCAGAGGAGGAAGGGGAGUCCAAGCCUUCGGAAGAAUCCACAAACAGCUUAUCUGAGAUUAAGGACGGAAUGGCUGUGGAUGAAAAGCCUACUGAUGUACCCGACUCAGCAAAUAAUGCUUCGGUAGAGAGCUCGACUGUAGGAGAAGAGUUAGCCACAGAAGCGGCAGAAGCGGCAGAUACACCGAUGGCUGGGACCGAGAAUACCAAUGAACCGGAACCUGCCAAAUCCAAGGAAAUCCAUCCUGUGGACAGCGCCCUAAAGCAAAUCAAAGCUGCGUACAUAGCCGCAAAGAGACGCUAUCGAGUCACUCCCGAGCGACUGUCUCAGCUUCAACAAGCACUCGAUCGAUAUAUCGGCACCAAAAACUUCCACAAUUACACGAUCCAGAAGAGUCAUUCCGACCCCUCGGCGAAACGCACCAUCAGAUCCUUCGUCGCAAACCCCGAGCCCGUCCAGAUCAACGACACCCAAUGGCUUUCCCUCAAGGUCCACGGACAAUCAUUCAUGAUGCACCAGAUCCGCAAGAUGGUCGGCAUGGCCGUCCUCGUCACGCGCUGCGCCACCCCCCUAUCGCGCAUCGACGAGAGCUACGGGACUGCUCGCAUCAGUAUCCCCAAGGCACCUAGUCUGGGACUACUCUUGGAGCGGCCCGUAUUCGAGAACUACAACAAGCGCGCCAGGGAGCAGUUAAACUUAGCCGAGCUCGACUUCAGCAACUACGAGAAGGAGAUCCAGGAGUUCAAAGACGAGCAUAUUUACCGCCGCAUCUUCGAGCUAGAGGAGAAGGAGAACUCGUUCCACACAUUCUUCCAUCAAAUCGACAACUACAAGGAGGGCUACUUCCUCUGGGUCACUGCGGGAGGUAUAGAGGCGGCGGAGCAGAGGGUUGGACAAGCAGAAUCGAUACCUAAGGAACUCGAGGAGGAGCUCGGAGAUGAUGGGGAGGAGAAUCCGGACGAAUGCGAGGGCUGAUUGUACCCUGUUUAUAGAGGCCGGUUUGCGUAUGCAUGACGUAUGGUAUUAUCCAAGAGCUAGGUACCUAUGCUAUCGGCUGGAAGCUAGGUCCAUCUAAUUCCAUGAUACAAAUUCACAAAUAAGAGCAAGGAGGAGGAAUAAUCACGU